GACACAAACGACAAAAUGUCCUCGUCCGAUCCUCCUGCGCCUAAACGCCCGAGAACAGAAGAGGAUACGAUAGUUAGCUCUGAAAUCUGGUAUAAGGAUAGGAGUAUUGUUCUCCAAGCUGCAACCACACAGUUCCGCGUCCAUCUCGGUCUUCUUGCGGCGCACUCCACGGUGUUCAGAGACAUGCAUGAAAUGCCACAACCGGAGACGCAGUCGCGUACAGUGGAUGGCUGUCCGCUGGUAGAAAUUCAGGACGAUCCUGAAGACGUCAAAAACCUGCUCUUAGUUCUGUAUUCCCCCACGCUACUAACGCAAAUGCCGCUCUCCUUCCCCAUCGUCGCGGCUCUCGUCCGGCUGGGAUCCAAAUACGACUUUGGUGAACUUCGGACUGUUGCUGUCAAGUGGAUGCAUCGUCGAUUUCCGUCGUCCUUGGAGGAGUUUCAUGUACGAUACGAGAGCGCUAGCUCCGGUGCUCUCUCCUCAAACAUCUUGUUCGACGUCCUUGAGCUGGCUAUAGAGAAUGGCAUCGAGUGUUGCCUCCCUGCUAUCUACUAUGAAAUCAUUCGACUCCCAAAGAAGGAGUGGGUCAAGGGGUCCGCUCGACCUUCGGGGACCGUGGCCCAUCUGAAGCCCGCCCGUUUGCAAACUUGUAUGUCGGCCUUCGACAGGCUCAUAAAAGCCCAAUUUCAGCCCGGCUACAUCUUCUCUUGGAUGGCCAAACCGCCUCGUCUCGACACCUGCGACAACUUCCCAGUGUGCGUCGAGGAGCGCUUCCACAAACUGCGGAUCUGCAUCAACAACGGCUCUUGCCGCUAUUUUCUUAUGUCGUUCAACGCUCAGGAGUCCAACAUAUUUAGCCAAUGUGCCCCUUGCCAGAAGCAAAUCGGUGAUUUGCUUGUUUCUGGCAGACAAAAGGGAUGGGACGACCUCCCAGGCUUCUUUGACCUUCCUGCCUGGGGCGAGUUGAAGAGCGGCUUGCCUUGA